CUGUUUGUGCAUUAUUGGAGAAUCCAAACAAUGCAUGACAAGCGCUAGUAAAUAAUGCUCUACUAACAGAACAUAGUAUCGAUACGUACAGAUAGAAGUACGUAGAUAACGCAAGUUAUUUACUUCACUCAGAUAAAAGAGAUAAAGUCAAUAACAAUGACCAGCGCAUAAUAAAUAUUAAUCUAGACACACAGUCGAGUUUGUUCAAACAGCCAAGUUACACCUCAGUUGUUUUUCCCUUUUACCCAUAAAAGAUGAAGUUUUCUCUUACUUUAAUUAUUUUGAUGAGCCAGUGGUUGACAUUCAGCUUCAGCAGCGCAGAGCGGAUAUUGGUGCUGGCACCUGUCUGUUCCAAAAGCCACAAAAUUUCUUUCAUGCCGAUCGUGGAAGUGCUAGCAGAGAAAGGUCAUCAGGUAACAGUUGUAACGCCAUUUGCACCUGACAGUCAAAUGGAAAACAUUAAAGAAAUCGUUCUUGAUAGAAAUCCGCUGGAAGAGCUCAACACUAAUUGGUUCCAAAUACAAAAUCAAAAUGCUUUAGAGAAAUUUCAAUGGACUAUAACAGUUUUCCAAACAGCGAUGACAGAGGGCUACAUUCACUUAAUGAAUAAUCAAGAAUUCAAGGAAAUCGUUCAAGCUCGAGCUGUCGAUUUUGUCAUUGUCGACGCCAUUCUGAAUGAUUUCGUUUUACCGAUCGUUGAACAUAUGAAUGUCCCUUACAUAUACUACUCCCCUGCUUCUAAUGUACCUUGGGUGAUGGACGCGUUUCAGGUUCCCCAGGAAUACGCCUCCGUUCCGGUCGGAAUGGGAGAUGGCGGUAGUCAGAUGACGUUCAUGCAAAGAGUAGGAAACGUAAUGGCAGGUGAACUUUUUUUUUUGCUUCGCAAAGUGUUGUGGCUCAACACAAUCGACGACCUCGCCAGGAAAGAUUUCCCCAAUUCACGACCCAUAAUAGAAAUCGAGCGCGAUGCUCAGCUCUGCAUUCUCAACAGUCAUCCGGCAACGGCUUGGACGAGACCGCUAACUCAAAAUGUGAUUCCGAUUCCAGCUCUACACACAAGACCAGCUAAGUCGCUUCCGGAAGGAUUACAAGCAUUGGCGGACGCAGCGGAUGAUGGGUUCAUCGUCUUCACAUUGGGAUCUGCUAUACCGGUGUCUUCGAUGCCGGAGAAAUUGGUCAAAAUGUUUGUCGACGUCUUUGCACGAAUUCCACAGCAGGUCUUUUGGAAGUGGGAAAAAUCAAGCAGUAUUUUGAUCGAUAACCUGCCGAAUAACGUUAAGAUUGUCAACUGGUUGCCGCAACAAGAUCUUUUGGGUCACAAAAAUGCACGGAUUUUCAUCUCCCAUGGAGGUCUUAUAGGAAUUCAAGAGACAGUUUACCAUGGGGUACCUCUACUAGGACUUCCUUUUGGCAACGAUCAGCUCGGAAAUUUGGCCAAGGCUCGUGACGAAGGAUACGGAAUCAAGCUAAGCUGGGAGGAAUUGACCGAGGAACUGUUAUACGAUACAAUUCAGUCGCUUUUGAAUAACCCAAGCUACCAGGGAAAUGCAACGCGCCUUUCCAAGCUGAUGCAACAUCAACUGAUGCCCGGUAGAGAAAUAGGAGUUUACUGGGUGGAGCACAUCUUACGCCACGGCGGGAAACAUUUGCAUUCUGCAUCGAAAAAUUUGCCUUUCUACAAAAAUCAUUUGCUGGACGUCUGGCUAUUUCUGAUAGUGAUAUCAGCAACAAUGUUGUUCGUGACUUUCAAAGGCAUAACCUGGUUGGUAAAAAAACUAAGGUUAAGUAAAAUGAAAACUCAGUGAUUAUUUUGGAAGUAUAAAGCAUAGAAGUUAGGUUACCUUAGCAACAGAAUCAAGCAGCCAAUAUAGUAGUUUGUAAUCAUUGGCAGGAUCUGGAUAAAAAUACAAACAUGCAAAAUUAAAUC